CGCGGCAGACCGACUGCGGCCCUUUCGAGCCUUGACAGUCUGCUUAAAGGCGCUGAAUCUGGCUGUCUUUCUUGCUCAGUACUAAGUGCUGGUAUCAAAAGCAUCAUUGGCGAUGAUGUAUCUCCAGAAACUCAAUCUCAGGACUCUGUCGGGUGGCUCCGCAUGGACAUGGGCAUGGGGGCCGAGGGCAAGAGUCUCUACUUAACCCUCUUUAAACGCGAGCUGGAGAUAUCUGUUUUUGCCCCACCACAAUUUAGUGAGAUUUAAUUCCCUGCAAAGGGCUGAUGCAAUUAUAUAGGGGUUAGGGGCUGCAUAUAGAACAGAUCUAGGGUUCUGGCAAUGCUCUUGGAAAAUUGCAUGGCAUGCUAUACAGUAUAUCAGUGCUAACACACUUUGUUCCGCCAGAAACCCCUGAAAUUGAAUGCUUAUUUCCAACUAUUCCUGUCGGCGUUUUAAACCUCCCCAGCAGGACAGACUCUGAAGCUAGCCUCGAAUGGGUGUUAGAGAAGCUCAGACACUGUGACAACAGCCACGAGUGCCACCAGAAGAACUCUGAUUCAACAGGGGCACGACCACAGCGCAUUCUCGAUAUUGGCUUCACGGAUAACGAUCACGUCCGACUGAAAGCAUUUGACACUAAUGAUGUCGAGAUACCCAAAUAUGCUUGUCUAAGCCACUGCUGGGGCGCGUCAAAACCUUCGAGUACCACGACAGCCAAUCUUAGCUCACACGAACAAGAAAUCCCCUGGAGUACACUGCCUCCCUUGUUUCAAGAUACGAUAAAAUACGUGCGGAGAUUAGGCAUCUCUCUGUUGUGGAUUGACAGCCUUUGCAUUAUCCAGGAUGAUAAAGAAGACUGGAGGAAGGAGGCCGCUAGGAUGGCCUCAAUCUACCAAAAUGCCUAUCUAGUAAUCUCCGCAUCUAAAUCCCCCGGCUCCGGAGACAGCUUGUUCGGCGAGGUUGACGAACAACUGAAACCAAGCAUCAUUCCUGUCCCAUCUCUAGGUCAAGGAUCUGCUGUGUGCUUUCGCAAAUCAUUCACUCAUAUGCCUGGAUAUAUGGAUCAAAAGUUGGCUAAACCGUCUCUGCUCCCAACCCUCAACCGCGGAUGGAUAUUCCAGGAGCGCCUUUUGUCUUCUAGGAUACUUCAUUUUGGACCACAAGAGCUCUCAUGGGAAUGCCUACAGGAAUCUGGCUGUCAAUGCACUGGACAUUAUGCUUCCUCGGCCACCGUUGACCCUGUUGAUAUGGUACAUACAAUGGCUGCACUUCGAAUGCUCAACCCGAAAACUGUUUUCAAUCAGAAUUAUUGGCAGAAAUUAUACGGGACCCAGCAAGUGAAGGCCUGGCAUAUGAUAGUGGAAGACUAUACAAGGCUUCACCUAACAUUUGAGAGCGACCUUUUCCCAGCGAUAUCUGGUAUCGCUAAAAGAUUCCAAUCUUCGUUAGGGUCCGAGUACGUUGCUGGAAUGUGGACAAAAUCGCUGAUUGACGACCUUGCGUGGCAUAAAGAAAACACGGCCGGCGACUCCACAAAGCAAAUCGAAUGGCAUCAACGUCCCAAGGCAUGGCGAGCUCCGACGUGGUCAUGGGGAGCAGUACGAGGCCACGUUGAGUUCCUCGAUAUAGGAACCGGUACGAGUGCUUUAUGUGAAGUUGAAGAGGUGAAAUGCUCUACUUACCAGUCGGAUCCAACGGGUGAGCUUAAGGAUGGCCAUCUAUUACUACGUGGCUAUCUCAUACCAACAUCGAUUCAGUAUAAAGCAUCUGUAAAGCCAAGUGAAAGGAAGCCUUUUGAGUUAUUCGAACUCGACAUUAUGCAAGGACAGGUGGGCAAUGUGUGGGCAGACUGCGACUCUUCAACGCCAGGAGAUUCCUACAUUGCUCUUGGAACAAUUGUGAAAUGCUUCAUACUUUCCACUAGGCUUGACUCAGGAUCACUGAUUCUUCUUAUACUGAAAGAAGCUGAGUAUGAUGAAACACGAUGUUGCGCGGUAUGGCAACGUCUAGGGCUGGUCCAACUGUCGAGACCACCCACCGUCCUCAAAGAAGCCAAGGAUUACUGGUUCGACGUGUUCAAAGGGCGAUUAAGUGACGAAACAUUAGUGAAGAUUAUAUAGCAUAUAUCUACCUAUUUGGAACACGUU